AUGGAAGGAGCGGUACAGGUGGAAGAGCUAACCUCCGGCGCCAGCGGCCGUAUCAUCCCCGUCUUCAAGAACGUUCGCCGAUCGGUGUUUUCCUCGGCUUCCAUCCGCCGUGCAGUAAUCUUCUUCCAAUCGAUCGUCCUGUGGUUCAUUUUUCAUCUCCGUCGGUGUCGACAACACCAUCACCGUCCUCCUCCUCCGUCCUCUCCUUCCUCGAAGAGGAAAUUCUCUUUUAGAAGGAGAGAACUCGAGGAGGAUGUGCUCAGGCGAAGAGCUCUCGCUGAGGAAAUUCAGAUGGUGAAGUCGUCGGUCGAUGACGACUGGUCUAGUCAGUGCCACGCCACCACGUCUCUGUUCUUUGGGACCGGACGCAACGCCUUAUUUUGCCGGUCGUGGCUUCCGGUUGCUGGUGAGAUUAGGGGAAUUUUGAUCAUUAUACAUGGACUAAAUGAGCACAGUGGGAGAUAUGCUGAUUUUGCAAGGCAACUCAACUCCUGUAACUUUGGGGUAUAUGCAAUGGACUGGAUAGGUCAUGGAGGGAGUGACGGCUUGCACGGAUAUGUACCUUCAUUGGACCAUGUUGUGGCAGAUACCGGAUCUUUCCUGGAGAAGAUAAAGUCGGAUCACCCAGGUAAACCUUGCUUUCUUUAUGGGCACUCAACAGGUGGAGCUGUGGUUUUAAAGGCUGCUAGCUACCCUUAUAUCCAAGAACUGCUAGAGGGAAUUAUAUUAACUUCGCCUGCACUGCGUGUUACUCCUUCACAUCCCAUAGUCGGUGCUGUGGCUCCAAUAUUUUCACUUGUUGCCCCAAGAUACCAGUUUAAAGGUGCCAACAAAAGAGGGAUUCCAGUUUCUAGAGAUCCGGCGGCUCUCGUAGCCAAAUACACGGAUCCGUUGGUGUACACAGGUCCAAUGAGAAUCCGAACGGGCCAUGAGAUCCUUCGGAUCUCGUCUCACUUGAUGCGUAGCUUUAAGUCGGUGACUGUACCCUUCUUUGUUCUUCAUGGAAGUGCGGACAAAGUGACGGAUCCACUUGCUUCUCAGGAUCUGUACAACUCGGCAGCUUCGAAGUACAAGGACAUAAAGCUGUAUGAUGGGUUCUUGCACGACCUCCUGUUUGAGCCCGAGCGCGAAGAAAUCGCACAAGAUAUCAUAGACUGGAUGGUGAGGAAGCUAAGCUGCCAUCAUUCUUGAAGGUGAAAUAAGUAGUAGGUAAUAAUUUUGAUGGUCUGUUGAAUGAAUAUUAUAUAGUAUGCCUUGUGUAUGGAUUUGGAUUUUCACUGCUGCUUAUGAUCAUGUGUUUAGGAAGAA